GAACAGUCUCAAUCUUCUCGCGAUGGGGCUAACUUCAGGAUUCGGCAUGAGACGAGGGCAUGGUGGGGUGGCGGUUGCGAUUAGCCUGCUUAUCUCCGCAGGCAUUCUGCAGCUGACAUGGGCGCAGGACUGUGGAUCAGCAGCGGGAGGAGCCCUGUGCGCAAACAAGCUUUGCUGCAGCCAGUAUGGCUAUUGUGGAAACACGGCAGCUUACUGCGGAACUGGAUGCCAAAGCCAGUGUUCUUACGCAGCUCCCAAAGGUCUAUUUCCUGGGAGAAUGCUCUUCGAUUACCUCGGAUCCAAUGGCGUGGCCAUAACCUUCAACGACAUUCCCAUCACUCAAAGUGACAAGACUUGGGUCUUGGGUCUGUCAUUCGCAAUCGACCUCACCUCAACAGGCCAGAAGGCUAAUGGUAUUCACUCGGUCUACUGGAAUCCCACACUGACGAAGGCUGCCGCGAAGGCCUGGCGACAAGCCCACUCCAACGGCAGAAUCGUCAUCGCCAUCGGCGGUGCUGUGUAUUACACUCCAAGCGGAACGGAAGUGUCUGUGGACUGGUACAACCCGACCAAUCCCACUCAGUGGCUCGCGAACGCCGUGUCUUCGCUGACGACGAUCAUUCAAGACUACGGUGCUGAUGGAAUAGACAUCGACAUCGAGAGGUUCCCAAAUGGCAACACCAACUUCGUGUCUUUGAUCGGGCAGCUGAUCCAGACGCUCAAGAACAAUGGAGUGAUCAACAUCGUCAGUGUUGCCCCUGGUUUCGACCAGCUGGCAUUGUACACACAGCUGCACAACUCGUACGGGAGCUACAUCGACCUUGUGAACUACCAAUUCUACGGCGAAGGUCUGAACACUUGUGCGAAGUACAAGGCGAGGUAUAACGUGGUGGUUCAGUCCUUGCCCGUGAAUAAAGUGGGACUGAGCACGCAAGUGGCUUUGGAUCCCAACACCAUCACCGGUUCUACCUUUUAUAACUGUGUCACACAAAUCAAGAACGAAGGUAGGGCAAUUUCUGGAGUCUAUCUCUGGAACGCAGACCUUUCAAAGAAUCUGAAUAACAAUUUUCAGACAGAGAAAGAUGUGGAUGCCAUUCUCUAAAAGGGCUCAAACUUUAUGCCAGCAAGGGUUAGGCGCUCAAGUGCAAGCUGUUAGCUGAUUUUCUUUCUCUCAAAAUAGCUGUGUAUGUGGCCUCUUGCCAUAAGAAGCUAUCCAUUAACAAACGGAACAGAUGAAGAAACUGAUUGAACAGCAUUAUGAAUGACACAAUGCUGCAAGAUCUGACAAGACAUGCAAAACAAUAAUCUCCUCAGUCUCAACUGUAUAUUUCAAGGAAAUAAAUUCAGAUUCAACACUUCUUUCUAUAAAAUUUGUGGCAAUGAGGGCCGAAUCCGUGUUGUCUAGUCGUAUCUACUGAGCAGGAAGCUUGAACAUUCCACCAUGUAAUCAACCAGAAGUAUGA